AGGGUUGCGGGAGACACGAGGUAUGGCAGGAGAGGAUGAAACCUGCUAGGGAAACAGAAGCUCCACAUUUUGCUUGAGGCUGGGCACAACCUUGAUGUUGCAAGAUACAAAGGUCCAACAGACUGGGGUGGCAGCCCAGCACUGUUGAGAGCAGAGUUUAAAACCAGCAAACAGGAGUUAUGCGCUGAUGCUAGCACUGACAAACGACUCAGGCAAAAGAGAUCAUGACUUCUGUCAAAGAGCAGGAAGCCAUCAGGAAGCUCAUGGUUUUCUUGCGGGAAUGGCAUAGUGCCCACAAAGUUGCUCGAAGCCGGAUCCUGGAAGACUUCAUUAAAAGCAAUGACGGCAAGACAGAACCAGAGCUGGAGCUGGAGUUCUCCCAGGGAGCCAGCUUGUUUCUGGUUCGCCUUACAGUGUGGCUCAGGAUGACCUACGUGUACACCACGUGCCUCAACAAGGUGCUCAAGUCCAUUGGCAUCUUCCUGUCCGCUGCAAGUGGACACCGAUACCUUCUUGAAUUUCUGGGGAUUGGAGGUGUUGUGAUUCUCCUGGAAAUACUAGGGCUGAACCACCUGAAACAAGAGGACAAAAGGGAGUCUGUAAAGCUACUGCAGCUCGUCGCAGACUCUGGCAGGAAGUAUAAGGAGCUCAUUUGUGAAAGCUACGGGGUGCAAUUCCUCGCUGCAUUCCUCACCGCUUCCAACUCAGCAGAGGCUCAAGAAGACGUGCAGGUGUUGCUGGACUCUUUGGGCCACGGCAAUCCCAAGUACCAGAACCAAGUCUACAAAGGCCUUGUUGCUGUGCUACCCUGCGCCUCUCCCCAAGCCCAGCGGCUGGCCCUGCAGUCACUCAGGAGCAUGCUGGACGUGAUGGGAGAGAUGGUCUCCGUCCUUGUGCAGCCCGUGCUGGGCGUGCUGUGCUCCGUGCACCUGGGGGUCCAGUACGAAGCCAUCCAGCUGCUGAAGGCUCUCCUGGCCCACCAGGUCCCCAGGCUGCUGAAGGACCUGGUUGCGUUACUGAUGCCACCCGGAAAGAAAACACUGACCUUCUACGACGAGACCUUCCAGGACCCAGCCGCACUGUGCCUGAGGGAGCCUGUGCUGGUGUUUGUUCAGCAGGCAGCUGCUGCAAAAGCCAUUGGAGUGUUAGCCAAGGAGUCAGCAGAAGUGGCUGAAGACCUGAUCCAGCUGAAAGUGGUACAUGGCCUGAUGGUUGCUGUGGGGAACCUGGACCACGUGGCUAGCCAGAGACAGGCCAGCAUCUCCCUGGAGUAUUUUGUCCACAUGUUUCCCUUUGUGGAGGAGUGUAUAAAGAAGGCAAUAGGACACACACUGUUCCAGUGCUUCAUGGACAGUCCUGAGACCUGGUACACAGAAAUGGAUCCAGUCCAGGCUGAAGAGCUGGCCUCCAAAACAGUAGACAUCCCCAGAGACAUGGCAAGGAUGCAGUCUGCAGGUGAGCAGGAAUGACCAUCCACCAGAAGAAA